UUCACGCUCGCGCGCAUGCAGCAAGUUCUGCAAAUGUUGCAGAUUUGCAGAAACAGGAAUGUGCAUAAAAUGAUUAAGUGAAGAUUUGCGGACGCAGACAGCCGUAUGAAAGCUACUUUAUACCGCUUUAUACGCUAAAAACCGUCAGUAAAUUAAAAAUUUGGAAUGGAUGCGUUGACGACGACUGCAUACGUGAGAGCAAUGUAAGGGUGGAUCAAGGUGGAUCUGUUAUUAAUUAAUAAUGACUCGUCGAAUAUUGGAGAUGAACACUUAAAUUUUGUUGGAAAAAGAGCUACGGGUACGAUCAUCGUUUUUUUGGUUUUAAAUCUGAAUUCAUUUUGCUAUUAUAAAAGAGCAACAUGAACAAAUUCAUUUAUGCCCUCAUCUUCCUCUCCGGAGCAAUUUUCGCUCUUUUGGCAACCUACUUAAAUGAAGUUCUCAAACCGAAGCAGAGGACCAGCAUACAAGUGUUCAGGUCAGAGGUCCUCGAGCAGUACAAGGACACAUUUUUCCCUUUGCCUCCGGGGAGUUCUUAUGAGCUUGAGGAGGACAGCACUUUGGGCACGGUAAUCCAAAACUUGCAAAAGGCGCGCAGGACCACAAAACCCCCUGACAAAGCUGCUAAUAAAGCAAAUGACCAGGAGGCUCUUGCUUCUUUACAUGCAGCUCUGGAAAAGACUGGUCUUAAGCAAUUCGACAAGGCUUUGAAGCUUUUCCAGCAUGCAAUCGCACUUGCCCCAAGCAACCCCGAUGUACUCAACCAUUUUGGAGAAUUUUUAGAACACACUCACAAGGAUGUCCUCGAGGCUGAUACCCUUUACGCAAGGGCACUGUCACACCACCCGAGCCAUCAAGAGGCCAAAGUGAACCAUCAGCGAACACUGCCCGUUGUGGAAGCACUGGAUGCAGAAAACCUGAAACGAAUCGACCAAAAACGGCUAACCCUUGCUCAAAUUUCUACUACAGACGCAGCUCUCCGACGGGCUAAGCGAGAGGCCUACUUUCAGCAUGUUUUCCACACAGUCGGACUUGAAGGCAACACUAUGAGUCUGGCGCAGACUCGUGUAGUUCUUGAGACAAGGAUGGCUGUACAUGGAAAAAGUCUUGUCGAACAUGGGGAAAUUCUUGGUUUAGACGCAGCUUUAAAAUUUUUAAACAACACGCUUUUACGAGGGAAAUCUCCUGGACACUUGGACGUGGAGGACAUUUUGGCCAUCCACAAACGAGUGAUGGCCUAUGUGGAACCUUUUGACGCAGGAACGUUUAGGCACACACAGGUUUUCGUGGGAAACCACAUUCCCCCUCCACCCUCCGAAGUGAACCAUCAAGUAGCUCAACUUGUGGAAUGGCUGCGGUCAACUGAAGCCCUUCAGCUCCAUCCUAUUCGAUAUGCAGCCCUUGCUCAUUAUAAAUUGGUGUACAUCCACCCUUUCACAGAUGGCAACGGACGGACGAGCCGUCUGCUUAUGAAUCUUAUCUUGAUGCAGGCUGGAUACGCCCCGGUUAUUAUUCCUAGACAAGACAGGCAAAAAUAUUAUGAAUACUUGGAAAUGGCAAACAAUGGAGAUAUUCGUCCGUUCGUGCGAUUUGUUGCCGAUUGCGCUGAACGAACAUUAGACUUAUACCUGUGGGCAACAAGUGAGUUCAACGCACAAAUUCCUGCUCUUGCUGGCAACCAAGAAGACUACAAAGCUAUCAUUGUUGACAACGACAACCCAAGCUGAUGAGAGAAUCUGAUUAACCAUAGGCAUCAGUGUUUUUGUAACUGUGAUAAACGAUACUUAUCUAAGUCAAUUUUCUGGAUAACUUUUCAGCAGCAUCACUUUAAAUAAUUUGCAAGAAUUUGAACUAAUCCAUUUGUUCUAUAGAUAAAUAUUUAUGUUCUGUCUUCUGACUGGAAAAUUGUUAUUGUUGAUAGGAAUACGGAGAAAUUGAUUUUUAUCUAAAUUUAUUUAUUUUGUGGAAUUUUGUUUUUCUCGUCUUGAUUUAAAAAAAAAAACCAUCAACAAUGCAACUCAGUUGUAGUUAAAUAUCAAAUUAGUCUGCUGAGUAAAUUAUGAAAGUUUUACAACUGGUUUUUUUUUUAAGAAUGAUUGCUUAUGAAGUAAAAACAAAAAAUAUAUUUGUUUGGAAAGUAAAAUAAUUAUUUUAUUUUACAGUGAUAUAAGUGGAUUUAACUUUUGCAAUGGCAAUACACACAAAUUUAUAAUUCUGAACUUUAACAUAAUUAACAAUCAUGUAAUGAAAUAAACAAUUAU